CAGCCCUCCGUCCAGUCGUUCCUCCCCAUCUCCCCUCAGCGUUGGCGCGAAUCACGCCUGCAUAUCGGUGUCGUAUAUGCAACAACGUAAUCGACCAUGGAUGACAGCCAUCUCCGGGUUAUUCUGAAAAUACAUAAGCGAUCUUCCUUGGAGACCUCUCCAUCUCGGGCUUGGAAGGCGCAGGAGACGUCAGACCCUUCAGUCCCCAAGCCCAAGAGACAGCGCACGAAGGCAAUAAGCGAGGAGCAUAGUCUAGUGAUCCCGUCGCCUCCAAAGCCUGACUCCGAAGGGGCAUCACCGCCUGUUGAUGAAACGGUAGCGCAUCCUAUUUUUUCGUCAAAGAGAAAACGACAGUUUUCGGACAGCGGAAUUACUGACUCCAGGCCGUCGGAGCAGACAUCAUUUGGUAGCGGAAAGAAGACAUCUGUCUCACAUCGAGGUGCCAAUUGUGAAGCAGACACGAGGAAACCCUUGCCAGAAAAAGUUUUGUGUGAGAUCUUGGACAAGUUACAAAAGAAGGACGUCUAUGGCGUGUUCUCCGUUCCUGUGAAUCCGCUUGAGGUUCCGGACUAUUUUGACGUCAUUUCGAAACCCAUGGAUUUUGGCACCUUAAGAGAAAGAGUGGCUAAGAAGUACUAUUCAUCAUGGAGCCAAUUUGAGGAUGAUGUGUCCCUGAUCUGGAAGAAUGCCAUGAUCUACAACGCGGACGGGACAAUAUAUUUCAAGCAGGCUAAGGCUAUGCAAGGAAUCGCGCAGAGGCUUUUUCCAACCGCGAAGUUGGCUGGUUCCAACGAGGUUUAUCCCAGGUCUGGACUUGGAAGAGGGUCUCGAGGACGUGGAAGGGGAAGAGGUCAACCCGGCCGUCCAAAAAGGAUACCUAUACCUGAUCCUGUUCGGAAGGACACUCAGUCUGGUAGGUUUAAUGCGCGUCACACCGUCGCCUUGCUGUGGUGAUGCCUGCUAAUUCCUCUGUUUCCCCUUUCGCAGGUCGGGUUUUUUUGGGCCAGAGCAAGGAGAACGACGCUAUGCUGGGUCAAGGCAAGCAAGAUCGAUUGAUGUUCGGUCUGGAGGAGCGAUCGGAGUUAUCACUAUCAGAGGACGCUAUGCAUUCGAAGCCUGCAGAGGAGAUUUCAGGAAAGAAGUCUUUCGACAAAGUGGAACUAGUGACAAGUCAGAGCCAGCCUAAAGCAAGUUUCCCAGGAGUCGACGAGUUUUCUAACAAGGUGUCCCGAUUGAAGAAUUACAAGGUCUGCCGUAGAGCAACAUCCCCUAGUGGGGGAAAGCACAUGUCCUUCCGAUCCUGGCGGCAGUCAAGGACUUGUCAGACAAGCAAGAGUGUAGUGCCGGAGAGCUUCGGCCUGUGCUAUCCUGCUGAACAAGAUCCCCUCGGUUAUGCCCACAGUUUAGCUCGCUUCUCAUCGCCCCUUGGCUCGCUGGUCUGGGAGGUCGCUGCAGAGAACGUCAAACAGACCCUCCCUCCUGAAGUUCCUUCUGGUAGGGGAUGGAUUGGCCAGGACGACCCCCUACAGUCCCUGCAGUUACUGAAAUUUGAGGGGGGUGUUGAGAGGAGUGUGCUGACAGGCCAGAAGGAAGAGAUCCCUGUUGUCGGCGUGGAUGACGUUAAGAGAGCUGCAAAGCAACCUGCAAGGCCUGCUGCCAAGGCUUCUGCGAAGCCUGCCAAAGGUGUCGGGAAACCUGAAUCACUGACCAAGUUGCAAGUGUGUGCCAUGGAGGCUGUGUCAGCUGUUCCUAUUGAAAAUACCCACUCCAAGUCCGUUAGUGGUGGGGCUCCUGUGUCGUCAGCAUCAGAGUCUGUCCAUGGACCCAAGGAAGCUAGACGACCAUCUGGCAUGCUCCACAUGCCACACUGGUUUAACGGUGCAAGCAGGCCUGGAGCAGGCUUUUCGUCCCCUCCACCUACAGCAGCCCUAGUUCCAUCGUUCUCGGCAGGAGAGGCCUCUAGAGAGCCUGUUGGUGUGUCUGCAGAAAGUCCUUCCAAAGCCGCAUCCAUCAGUCUAAGCAAUGCUGCUAUCCAGUCGUUGUUGGGUUCCUGCGGAGCAGCUGCUGACCACGUUGAUCAGAGCAGCAUUCUGGCCAUGAGUGCUUCAACUGUUGCUGCUCUGCAGGCUGCGAACCGUGCUAGACAGGCCCAGGCAAGCCUUUCUGCUCAGCCUCUGCAGUCGAGCAGCUAUGCACCGCAAGGCACUGCUGAUCCUGAAACUCCCAUGAAGCCUCUCAAUUCUGCCCUGAUGGGGGCUUUAAGCGCUUUCUGGGCGCAAAAUGCUCCAGCUUCAUCCGUUGGUGCUGCUGCAGUCACUGCAGGCACUUCUGGGGUGCAGGGUUUGAAUCCGCUGCAACGGCUUGGUGGUUUAUCAUCUCCAGCAAGGGCUGGUUCAACGUCGUCCUCUGAUCCUGGAGAGAGGAACGCUGCGGAUCAAUUGAACAGGAUGGUGGAAGAGAAUCGUGCAGGGCUAUCUCAGAACGGCUUCAACUCUGUCAAGAACAGCCCGCUUUGGGCCGCUCUUGAGGCUGGGAAGCUUGAUGGUCUUUUGGGGAGCCCGCUGAACUCAGGAAAGGUUGCUUCUAUGGGAGAUGGCAGUGGAGUCCAGGCUUCAGCAACCCUCAACCAAGCUGCUCAGGGCCUAGCCGCCUCUGUGUCACAGGGGUCUUGGCCAGGUGGCCUUCCAGGCAAUGCAUGGCUUGCUGAGCUUUCAUCCCAGCAGCAGAAAGCAGUAUACGCGUCCCCAUAUGGGUCCCUUAAAGCUCGGACUCCUGCAACUGCCACGGGCAACGUGUCUAAUUUGACACUGGCUGAUGUAUUGCAGACGCAGCAGCAGCAGGGAAUCAGUCCGGCUAUGUCUUCCCUGAGACAUACCUCUUCAUCAGCUGCUCGUAGCAUGAUGGCUGCCCUUGACAAGCUGAAGGCCCACCAUGGCCUUCACAACAAUCCUGCCGGGUCGUCCUUCUCUUCUGCUGCAUUUAGUGCAGCAGCUGCUGCAGCCUCAGCUAUUUCCAGCCCUACCUCGUCAACUGCUGCUCUACCUGCUGGUGUUACUGCUGCUGACGUAGACGGUUCAGCCACAGCUGCUUCUUUUGCCAACAUGGCAAGCAUGAUAAGUGCCAUGGCGAAGCAGCAGGAUCCUCGAUCCCCACCCAGUCUUCAACAGCAGCGGCAGCAGCAGCAGCAGCUGAAGCUAGCCGAGCAGCAGCAGCAGCAGAGGCAGAAGCAGCUACAGCUUUUGCAGCAGCAGCAACAAUUGCAGCAGCAGAGACAGGCACAGCAGCAACAGCUGUUACAUCAGCAGCAACAGCAGCAGCAGCAGCUAUUGCAGCAACAGCGGCAGCAACUGCUUCUCCGGCAGCAUCAAGCAUCUCUCCUGCAGAAGCGGCAAAUGCAGAAUGGUGCUCAGCAGCAAGAGGGAGAGCAGCAGCAGCAGAAGCAACCGCAACAGCAGCAGCGACCGCAACAGCAGCAGCAACCGCAACAGCAGCAGCGACAACAACAGCAUACUCAAGCACAGCAAGAUACUCCAGACCAACACUUUCCACAGAGCUGGCUUUCACCACAGCAGCAGCAGCAGCAAGCAUUUCAGCUUCUGGUGCAGGCUCAGAAAAACAAGGAGCUCGCAGAGCUUCAAUUAAAUAAAAAAUUGUCUGCGUGGGAGAUUAACCAUGGACAGCAGCAGCAGCAUAAUCAGUCUGAGCAGUUUCAACCUCAGCCAGCCUCAGAGCCAGAGCUUAGGCUGCAAUUGUAGGUAAUUCCCAUUGUACAGUCUCCCUGUUUGUUUAACUUCAGCGAAAAAUUAUUAUUUGCAUU